CCCAAAACUCUUUCUGCCCCUCAGCGGAAGGAAAAGAUUGAGCAAAAGACGAUCGCGCAGACCCCGAACCGGACGGCCGACGACACCACACCCCCCUCCCUCCUCCUCCCCUCAGGCGACGACUCCAUACCUCGAUUUUUACGAUCCGGUAUUUUCCAACAUUGCCGUCCUCCGACCGACAACACUUAAACUCAUCCACCACCCGAAAAUACACCUCGCCCAUCAUGGAGGAUGUCUAUGCCGCCCUCGGCGAGGAGAGCAUCCUGCCCAAGCUCGCGUCGCAGCUGUCCCGCCACCUCGUCUUCCCGCUGAUCGAGUUCGAGGCCGGCCGUGCCGAGGAGAAGGGCGACGAUGCUGGUGCCCGCAAGAUUCUUGCCGGCAAGAUCAAGCUGCUCGAGGAUACCAACAUGGCCGACUACGUCGCCCAGCUGUACCAGGACCUCAACGGCGGUGCUGAGGCGCCUGCCGAGUACGCCAAGAAGCGCAACGAGGUUAUCGCGCAGCUUGAGAAGUAUGAGCAGGACACGGCCAAGAUUUCGGAGCUGUUGACUCGCGAGGACGUCGUUGGCGCCCUGCGCAGCGACAAGGUUGCCAACUUGGAGUUCUUGAAGAAGGAUCACGAUGUCACCAUCGAGAUGGUCAACGCCCUGUACGAGUUUGGCCAGUUCCAGUUCCGCUGCGGCAACUACGGUGCCGCUGCCGAGCUGCUGUACCAGUUCCGUGUCCUGUCCACCGACAACGACCGCGUCGCCUCUGCCACCUGGGGUAAGCUCGCCUCCGAGAUCCUCACCACCAACUGGGACUCCGCCGUCGAGGAGAUUAUGAAGGUCAAGGAGAGCAUCGACAGCAAGCUCUUCAACAACCCCCGCGCGCAGCUCGACCACCGCACCAUGCUGGUCCACUGGGCCCUCUUCCCCCUCUUCAACCACGAGGCCGCCCGCGAGCCCAUCCUGGACCUCUUCUUCUCCGCCGCCUACAUCAACACCAUCCAGACCGCCUGCCCGUGGGUCCUGCGCUAUCUCAUCGCCGCUGUCAUCACCGGCCGCUCCCGCUCCCGCAACUCCUCCCUGCAGGCCAAGCAGAUGAAGGACAUCAUCCGCUACGUCCGCCAGGAGGCCUACGAGUACGCCGACCCCGUCACCGAGUUCGUCUCGGCCCUGUACGUCGCCCACGACUUCAACGCCGCCCGCGAGGCCCUCCGCAAGGCCGAGGAGGUCUGCCGCGCCGACUUCUUCCUCAUGUCGUCGUCCGACGCUUUCGUCGACGCCGCGCGCCACCUCAUCUGCGAGAGCUACUGCAAGAUCUUCUCCCGCAUGAACAUCCGCGACCUCUCCGCCAAGCUCGGCCUCAACCCGGACGACGGCGAGAAGUGGAUCGUCAACCUCAUCCGCGAGACCCGCCUCGACGCAAAGAUUGACAGCCAGGAGGGCACCGUCAUCAUGAACCACCCGCCCAACAACGUCUACCAGCAGGUCAUUGAGAAGACAAAGGGCGGCUUCUUCCGCACGCAGGUGCUCACCGCCGCCGUCUCCAAGUAGGAUUUGGCUUCCCCGACGGAGCGGCGCCAGCACCAGUAUGAGCAGAAGCAGAAGCUACAGCAGAUGCUUUGGGAUUAUUGAGGAUGGGCAAGCAAUGAAGAAGAACGCUAGCUUUUAAUGGCCACACACGAAUCACACAUGAUUUCAAGACGAUUACCGUACAAAAAAAGAUGGGAAAUUGUUUUUUGGUGAUCCAAAAAGAAGAAGGGGGAGAAAACCCGGGGUUUUCUUUUUUUUUUUUACAAUGACACGAUAGAACCUACACCGCCAGAUCCACGACACUAGAGGGAUAUCUCACCUCUCUGAGGGACGAGGAUUCCUUCUGGGGACGAGAUUUGGUGGAAAGGGGCGUUUGACGUGGGCGGAUUUCGGAAAACAAAGAAUCGAGGAUCCUGGUCAUAUCACACACCACACAUACAUUACACACACUACACACACACGCAGACAUCCCCGAGGCUUCUUUUUGCAUUGGCACGGCGUUCAGGGCAAAAACGGGGAGGAGAUCUUCCCCCCCUUCCCAAAAGGGCUAAGUGAAGGGUGGAAGUCGAGAGGGGUGAAGGACGGGGGC